UUCAUUGCCUUUGCAUCUUUGUUCUUCAUCCUGGUCUCCAUCACCACCUUCUGUCUGGAGACUCAUGAGGCUUUUAACACCAUCAUCAACAAGACUGAACUUGUGCGGAACAGCAGCGUGCCGGAUUCAGGCCCGCAGUACGAGAUCGAAACUGACCCUGCGCUCACGUACGUGGAGGGCGUGUGUGUUUUCUGGUUCACCAUCGAGUUCCUGGUGCGCGUGACCUUCUGCCCGGUCAAGUUGGAGUUUGUUAAGAGUGUUCUCAACAUCAUCGACUUUGUGGCCAUCCUGCCUUUCUACCUGGAGGUAGGGCUGAGUGGCCUUUCUUCAAAGGCUGCCAAGGAUGUGUUGGGUUUCCUCAGGGUGGUGCGCUUUGUUCGUAUCCUGCGUAUCUUUAAGCUAACGCGUCAUUUUGUGGGGCUCAGGGUGUUGGGCCACACAUUACGUGCCAGCACCAAUGAAUUCCUGCUGCUCAUCAUCUUUCUGGCGUUGGGAGUGUUAAUUUUUGCAACCAUGAUCUACUACGCCGAACGAAUUGGUGCUAAGCCAAAUGACCCCACUGCUAGCCUCCACACCAAGUUCAAGAACAUCCCCAUUGGCUUCUGGUGGGCUGUAGUGACCAUGACAACACUGGGCUAUGGUGACAUGUAUCCACAGACCUGGUCGGGCAUGGUUGUGGGCGCGUUGUGCGCCUUGGCAGGUGUGCUGACGAUAGCCAUGCCUGUGCCUGUUAUUGUCAAUAACUUUGGGAUGUACUACUCUCUGGCCAUGGCCAAGCAGAAGCUGCCCAAGAAGAGGAAGAAACACAUCCCUCAAGUGGUGCAGGGAGGCUCCCCUUCCUACUGCAAAGCUGAUCUAAACACCACCUGCAACAGCACUCAAGGGGACCUUUGUCACGUCAAAGGGACCAGGGUACUAGAACGCAAUCGCUCAGUUCUGUCAGCAGACUGCAGCAGUGACCUGACCCUGUCCCCAGAGGAGAGGGUCCCCAUGCGAAGGUCCAGCGACCGGGAACAGGACCGCAGGAGCACUGGAACGUGCUUCCUGCUCGCUGCUAGUGACUACACCUGCCCUGCAGACGGAGGGCUACGGAAAACAG